AUUCAAGAAUAGGAAGUUUGAAACAAGUUCACAAGAAGAGAGAAGAAGGAGGGAAAAGAAGACAAAUGAUCGAUCAUCUCUGCUCGUUUCUUGAGAAAAUUUCAAAUUUUGAUGAGAAAUUGAAGUUUUUGUGGUGGACCCAGAAGCGUGUCGGCAAUAAAGAAAUGGCAACAUCGCCGGCACAGCCUCCGGUUACGAAUUCUCCACCGUCUCCACCGUUGGCUUCACAGUCUCCACCGAUGGCUUCACCGUCUCCACCGGUAGCUUCACCUCAACUGAACAUUUCUCCUCCAAGUAGCAAUGCCACGUCACCACCGUCUCUGUCUCCUCCUCCUUCGGCAACACCACCACCAGAGACAUCUCCGCUUCCUCCAUCACCACCGCCACCAAAUAGAGCUCCCCCUCCGGUUACAACCUCAUCACCGCCACCACCAAUUGGAUCGCCUCCCCCUCUGCCAAACCCGCCUGAGGGCUCUCCUCCACCACCACAACCAGUUGUGAUCCGUUCACCUCCUCCUUCAAUUUCGCCGCCGCCACCAUCACCGUCGGUGCAGCCACCACAAGCCUCUUCUCCACCACCGUUACCUUCUUCUCCUCCACCUCCUUCCUCUGUCCCUCCUCCAAGACCUUCACCUUCAUCACCUAUCUCACAACGCUCUCCUCCACCGCCUUCAAAUCGUCCCAUACAAUCUCCUCCUCCUUCUCCUUCACCGCCGUCAAAGCCUCCCACUUCUUCUCCUCCUCCUCCUUCUCCUUCACCGCCUUCAGGCCGUCCCACUUCAUCUCCUCCUCCUUCACCGCCUUCAGAUCGUCCCACUUCAUCUCCUCCUCCUCCUCCUUCACGGCCACCAGGUCGUCCCACUUCAUCUCCUCCUCCUCCUUCGCCGCCUUCAGACUCUUCUCCAUCACCAACGUUCUCUCUUCCUACUCCUUCUCUUGUACCGAAUUCUGACAGUCCACCUCAAAACAACCCUACUCCUAGUGCUCCCGACGCUUCAAAUUCCACACAUAGCAGUGGCAUUGGUACAGGAGCUGUUGUUGGUAUCAGUGUCGCAGUGGCUCUCGUUGUGUUCAGUCUUAUUGGACUCUUUGUCUGGUGCGUGAGAAGACGAGAGAAACGUCUCUCAGCUGUUAGUGGUGGCAAUGUCACACCAUCAUCACAAAUGAGCUCCUCCUCUCCAAGAUCAGAUUCAGCUUUCUUUAGGACGCAGUCAUCUGCACCUGUUGUUGCAGCUUCAAAGCGUUCAGGGAGUCAUCACACGUACUUCUCACAGUCACAAUCUAGCGUCUUAGGCAACUCCAAGGCGCUGUUUUCGUACGAGGAGCUCGUGAAGGCAACGAACGGGUUUUCGCAAGAGAACCUGUUGGGUGAAGGUGGAUUCGGUUGUGUAUACAAAGGGAUGUUACCAGAUGGGAGAGUGGUCGCUGUGAAACAACUAAAGAUUGGUGGAGGACAAGGAGACAGAGAGUUCAAGUCCGAGGUUGAGACACUUAGCAGAAUCCAUCACCGACAUUUGGUUUCCAUCGUGGGACAUUGCAUCUCCGGUGACCGUAGGUUGCUCAUUUACGACUAUGUCUCUAACAACGACCUCUACUUCCACCUUCAUACAUCCAAAGAAGCUUUGGACUGGGCAACACGUGUUAAAAUCGCUGCUGGUGCUGCUCGUGGACUAGCUUAUCUCCAUGAAGAUUGUCAUCCACGUAUCAUACACAGAGACAUUAAGUCGUCUAACAUUCUUCUAGAGGACAACUUUGAUGCUCGGGUUUCUGACUUUGGUCUUGCGAGAUUAGCUCUUGAUUGUAACACUCACAUUACCACACGAGCAAGGCCUUUGGUAAGUCAUGCCAUCGAAACAGGAGAAUUCGAAUCUUUAGCAGAUCCAAAGCUUGGAGGAAAAUUUGUUGAAUCCGAGAUGUUUAGAAUGAUCGAAGCAGCGGGUUCUUGCGUGCGCCAUUCAGCUGCCAAGAGACCUCGGAUGGGACAAAUUGUGAGAGCUUUUGAGAGUUUAGCUGGGGAAGAUCUCACCAAUGGGAUGAGACUAGGGGAAAGCGAGAUCUUUGACUCAGCUCAACAAUCAGCAGAGAUCAGAUUGUUCAGGAGAAUGGCGUUUGGUAGCCAAAAUUACAGUACAGAUUUUUUCACACAUUCUAGUUACAACAGCAGAGACGAACACGUG